AUGCCAGAAGAAUUUCGUGAUUGUUUUGUGGGUGAAAAAGGUUAUGAUGCCUUAAAAAAACUAAUGAGAAAUGGGAAUGAUUUUUGUACAGAUAUUGCUAAAUGUUUACAAGAACGAAGUGAUGCUGAAACAGCUUAUGCUCGAGCUCUUCGAAAGAAUGGUGAUACAUUACAAAAACUUGCUGGUCGAGCGAAAGGAACACUUUUCACAGCAUUUACAGUGCUUGGUACACUGAUAAGUAAAGAAAGUGAAGCACAUAGUACUAUGGCUAAUAUAUUAUUAACUGACAUUUCUAUACCGAUGAAAAAUCUUGCUGAAACACAAUAUAAAGAGAGAAAAUCGAUUGAAGAAACAUUAAAUGGAAAAUUUAAAGAAUGGAAUAAUGCAAAAGAUAUUGAUAAUAAAUGUCGUUCACGUCACUUUGAAAAAUCUCGAGAAAUUGAAGCAUUACAUCUUAAUAUAAGUUCAUUACCAAAAACAUCGAGAAGAAUGGCCAGAGAUUCAACAAAGGAAAAUAUUAUGUCGACACCAUUGGUCAUGAGCUGUGUUUUACCUGGAGGACGUCAUAUCAGUGCUUCUGAAAAGCUGACUUCAACUCCUGAUUGCAAAUAUCAGGCGAAUAUGGAAAUGACAAUUCAAAAAGCCGAAGAAGAUUUAGGAAAAAUAGAAAAAAAAUAUCAUAAUUCAACAAAAAAUGUAGAAAUAGCAAGACAAUUAUGUGCUGUUGAAAUGUGUCGAGGUUGUAAUCAAAUGCAAAAAAUGGAAUAUGAAAGAAUCAAUGAAAUGGAUAAAUUUAUUCAAACCUAUGUUAAUUCAAUUCGAGGAUUCACUGAUACUAUGAAUCAGGUUUGUUGCGAUUUAAAUUCCAUUCAAGUUUCACCAAAUGAUGAUAUUAUUACUGAAGCUCGAUCAAAUUUACAGACAACUGAAAUAGAAAUAUUACUUUAUGAUAUAUAUGCUGAAUAUGAACAAGCAAUGGGUGAACAACGACGAAUAUUAAGCCUUAUGCGUUGGAUAGACAUGUUAAAAAAAGAUAUUGAAAUACAACGACAAUCGAAUAAUGAAAAUCUAUCUUCUUUACAAUCGGCUCCUCCUCAAAAAUCAGUUGAGGAAGCAUCACCAGACGAUGAUCGAGAUUCGUCAGGUGAUGGAGCUAUGUGUUCUAAACAAUCUCAUUCAAAAACAGUCAGUGCUGCUUCUUAUUGUGAUGGUUCGUUAUCGUCUUCAUCAAACGAUGAUGAUGGUGCAAUGCGUCGAAGAAAAAAUAAAAGACGAGAAAAGAAAAAUACAGAAGGAUUCUCAAGUGAAAUACUUAUUGAUCGAUCGAGUACUCGUCUUUUACAAUGUCUUUAUGAAGCAAGUUUAUUUAAAAUUGAAUGUGUUUACAAUCAUAUAAAACAAUUACCUGAAAAACACUCUGAAUAUGCACAUCGUUUAACUAAAACAUAUAAUGAUAAAGGAGAUCCAACAACACUUAUUCGCAUUCCACUUCAACCAUCAACAGAAACACCUCCAUCAGCUCCAUUAUCAAUAAGACACUUUGCUGAAGCAAUGCCAAUGUUGUCUCAACCAACAAUGCAGUCAUCAAUAAGAGAAUAUUCUACACAAAGACAAGCACCACCAAUUGGUUGGACAGUUAACGAUAAUCAUAUGAGACAGACAGCAUCAGCAAAUAAUAUUGUCCCUCAACGAUAUGUUUUGCAAUCUAGUAAAAUAUCUUAUAAUCAAAUGGCAACAACUCAAGCAGGUUAUCCAGUUCUUAUGACACAAUCAACAGAACCUUAUCGACAAAAACCAGUUAAACAUGUUAGAGUAACACAUCCUUAUAAAGCACGACAAACAGAUGAACUAACUCUUAAAAAAGGAGAUAUUAUUAUGUUAAUUGAACGUCGAGAAGAUGAAUGGUGUAAAGGAAAUUUAGACGGAAGAAUUGGUUUAUUUCCUGGAACAUAUGUAGAAGAUGUGGAAUAA